GUGUGGAAGACUGCGGAGCUGCCGCCGUUUCAUGCUUAGCAGAAACUCAACGCACGCACACACACACAGGUAGAUAAUCAUGGUGAAUGUAAAGAAGCGGAAAGGACGGGUCGUUAUUGACUCCGACUCAGAAGACAGCGCGAGCGAUGAUAAUUUGGAUCAGGAGCUGCUGUCUUUAGCCAAGAGGAAGCGAGUGGACUCAGAUGAGCAGGAGGACCCGGCCAGCAAGCCUGCAGCCUCCACAGACUCAGAGACCUCCGACAGCGAUGAUGAGUGGACCGUCGGCGGCGGCACCAAGGCGAAGAAGAAGGUGAAAACGGGGAAGGGCAGCGAGAAGAAGAGCACUGCGAAGAAGCGAGUCAACAAGGCGGCCUCCUCCGGGAGCUCCGAUGGGGACAGCUCGGCCGAGAGCUCCGCCCCGGAGGAAGGCGAGGUGUCGGAUUCGGAGAGCAACAGCUCGUCCUCCAGCUCGGAUUCGGACUCGUCCUCGGAGGACGACGUCUUCCGCGACGGAUACGGCGACGACCUGAUGGGGGACGAGGAGGACCGGGCCCGGCUGGAGCAGAUGACGGAGAAGGAGAGGGAGCAGGAGCUCUUCAACCGAAUCGAGAAGCGGGAGGUGCUGAAGCGGAGGUUUGAAAUUAAGAAGAAGCUGAAAACGGCAAAGAAAAAAGAGAAGGAAGAAAAGAAAAAGAAACAGGAGGAGGAGCAGGAGAAGAGGAAGCUGUCUCAGGUUCCAGACACUCAGGUGGUCAUGUCUCACAACAAGGAGAGGAGAUCCAAACGGGACGAGAAGCUGGACAAGAAGUCCCAAGCCAUGGAGGAGCUAAAAGCGGAGCGAGAGAAAAAGAAGAACAGAACAGCUGAACUCCUGGCAAAACGGGAGCCUCUCAAAACCAGCGAGGUUUACUCCGAUGACGAGGAGGAGGAAGAGGAGGAUGAUGAUAAAUCCUCUGUGAAGUCCGACCACAGUUCCCGCUCUUCAUCUUAUGACGAGGAAGAGGAGAAAGAAGAGACUCCGCCGAAAUCUCAGCCAGUCUCUCUGCCGGACGAGCUGAACCGCAUCCGUCUGUCCCGGCACAAGCUGGAGCGCUGGUGCCACAUGCCCUUCUUCGCCAAGACGGUGACCGGCUGCUUCGUACGCAUCGGCAUCGGCAACAGCAGCAGCAAGCCGGUGUACAGGGUUGCAGAAAUUGUGGACGUAGUUGAAACGACGAAGGUGUACCAGCUCGGAUCAACACGGACGAAUAAAGGCCUACAGUUACGGCACGGGAACGACACAAGAGUAUUCCGGCUGGAGUUCGUGUCCAAUCAGGAGUUCACCGACAACGAGUUCAUGAAGUGGAAGGAGGCGAUGAUCUUUGCAGGAAUGCAGGUGCCCACGUUAGACGAAAUCACCAAAAAGGAGCAAGCCAUCAAAGAGGCGGUCAACUACAAAUUCAACGACAAAGACAUCGAGGACAUCGUCAAAGAGAAGGAUCGUUUCCGGAAGGCUCCGCCCAAUUACGCCAUGAAGAAGACGCAGCUCCUCAAGGAGAAGGCCAUGGCGGAGGAGAGUGGAGAAGGCGAGCGGGUGAAACAGAUCCAGGAUCAGCUGAAUGAGCUGGAGGAGCGGGCUGAGGCGCUGGACCGGCAGAGGACCAAGAACAUCUCCGCUAUCAGCUACAUCAACCAGCGGAAUCGCAGCUGGAACAUCGUGGAGUCUGAGAAGGCUCUGGUGGCAGAAGGGCAGAACGCUAAGAACCAGCAGAUGGACCCUUUUACCCGAAGACAGUGCAAGCCCACAAUGGUGUCCAACGCCAGAGACCCUUCUGUCCACGCUGCUAUCCUCGCCCAUCUGAACCAGAAGUACGGUUCCGGUUCUGGGCAGGAAACCGUUCUGGACAAGACCUUACAGGGACUCGGUCAGAAAGACAAAGAUGUCAACAAAGCGACAAGUGACCUGUCCGAGGAUCUCUUCAAAGUUCACGACUUUGACGUGAAGAUAGACCUUCAGGUUCCUAAUGCAGAGGCGAAGUCUCUCUCUGUGAGCUCCAGUGCCCUGCCUGUGAAGGACGGCGCCCCGCGCCGAUCACUCAACCUGGAGGACUACAAGAAGCGGCGGGGCCUAAUCUGAGCCCCUCCCACUUAGAGCUGUCCUUGCAUGUGCCCGUUCAGUCGCUCUGGGGCCUGAGGGCGAAGGGCCACUCCUGUGUGUGUGUGGAUGCGUGUGUGUGUGGAUGCGUGUGUGUGUGUGUGUGUGUUUGUAUGUAUGUAUGUGUGUGUGUGUGUGUGUGUGUGUGGAUGCGUGUGUGUGUUUGUAUGUGUGUGUGUGUUUGUAUUUGUGUGUGUGCGAGUGUGUGCGUGUGUGUGCUGGUGUGUGUGCAAGCGUGUGUCCAUCCCAAAAAACGGGAGAGAGAGGAAAUAUUAAAAUAAUCGGACAACUUUUUUGUAAAGGAGACCUUUUUAAAAGUUGUCUAGUCUACUUGGGUUAUUAUGUCCAGAAAUAGUACUUGGAAUUGUCUCUUUUUUUGUUACUCCUUUUUAUUUUUUAUAUAUAAUUAUUUUCCUUCACAGAUUUCACGGUUUUUUUGUUUUUUGUUUUUUGAAAGGACGCUGCGCUGAUUAUAAAUUAUCUGUAAGAAAGACAUUUUAUCUGAACGACUCAGAUUAUUUCACAACCUUGAAGAGAACUCUGAGAUUACUAACACGGACAGCACACGGUAAUCGAAACAGGAUUUUUUUUUUCUCCUCCGACAUUGGAUUUCUACUUUUUUUUUUUUUUUUUUUUUCUUUACACCCCCCCCCCCAUCUCACAACUACCUACAACAACUGGAGGGGAUCCUUCUGCCACUUCACUAACCUCACGCUCCAAUAGUUUUCUCUCGAAGAAAGAAGUGGAGACCAGGAAAAACGCGACAGAAGCUUGUAUUAAAUCUGUCCCUCCAGGAUUGUACAAGGGAAUUUUUUGUUUUUUGUUUCUUUUGUUUUAAUAUAACACACCAAUAAAAGCAAACCUGUAUCCCAUGUAAAGUAUUGAAAGCAUUGUUUUUCUUUGUUCCCUGAAUCCCCAUUUUGACUCCUUUUGUUUUUGUUUUUUUUUCAUUUACGAGAGAGCAGAUUCUUAAGUGUUUACAGGUGUGUCCGUAGUCUCGUAUUGAUGUGGCAUGCCAUGUAAAUAAGCCAUUUGGAGUGGGUGCUACACAAUAAAGAGGCACUGUUUCAUACCUGC